AUGACACACAAAAAAGUUCUAUUUGUGCUCACUUCUCAUGAUAAACUACUCAAUGGACAUCCAACUGGAUGGUAUCUACCCGAGGCUGCUUAUCCGUAUUAUGCACUCGAACCUUAUGUCAAAAUUGAUUGGGCUAGUCCGAGGGGUGGCAAAGCACCAUUGGAUCCUUCUUCAAUUGAUAAAUCCAAGGACGAUUAUAUCUGCGUUCAAUUUCUUGCUGAUGAGAAGGCAAAACAGGGAGGAUAUGAGAAUACAAAAAAACUAAGUGAAAUCAAUCCGAAUGAUUAUGUCGCUCUAUUUUAUGUGGGUGGUCAUGGACCUUGUUUUGAUUUGCCAGAAGAUGAAUUUAAUAUUAAAUUGGCAGAAGCCAUUUGGAAUCAGGGUAAAAUUCUAUCGGCAAUUUGCCAUGGUCCCGUAGCUCUCGUUGGAGUCAAAGAUGUCGAUGGUAAAUCAAUUUUUGCUGGUCGACGAGCAACAUCAUUUAGUAACGAGGAAGAAGAACAAGUCAAAACGACUGAUGCUAUUCCAUUUCUUGUUGAAACUCGUCUGAAAGAACUUGGAGCAAAGUUUGAAAAGAAUAAUAAGGCUUUUGGUUCCCAUGUUACUGUCGAUGGACAACUGAGUGAACCCUCGCUUGAUACCUUUCAACAACUUCAAGCUCAAUAUCCGGAAAGUCUUAUUUGUCCUUGUGUAACAAUAACAAUACCCUACAAAGAAUUCAUGACCGUUGAAAUACUUUUGCAUCAAAUAUGCUCUAGUUCUUUUAUUAGUCAAGAAUGGAUAACUGCACUUUAUAUACCCGAUGCAAGUUAUUAUGGUCCUAUCGAUUUCCGAGCAAUGGCAAGUUCACAGUUUGAACUACUUAAAACAUUAUGUACAUCAGUACGUGCUGUUAUUCUUGCUGUAUUAUCCGAUUUGAACAACACACAAUUGGUCACCACUCGUGUACAAUUGGCAACACAAAUUGAAACUGAAGCAAAGGCUCGUGAUCAACAGGCUCAAUCUGAUGCAUUAUCACGUAUCAAUGAUGCGCUCAAACUUAUCGAACUGACAACACGUGGCAAUCAACUUGUUUCAGCACUGAAUACAAAUUACGUGUUUGCACUCUAUAGUUAUAUGGAAGAUCAAUUACCAUUUUUUUUGUUUAGCAGCACGGUUUGGUACACGUUUGUCAAUAAUCAAACUAUAAAAUGUGAUUGUUCUCAAAACACAUGUAGCUAUCCAGCAGGUUUUUAUCAAUUUGUUGACAGUCAAAAUCCAAUGCCUCGUUGGUUCCUUAAACCUCAACAGUACAAUGCUACAGAUGUUGCACCAGGCUUUGUAGGCUCAUGCACACCUCUCGAAUCUCUACGUCAAACAACAUUUAUCUGUCUUUACAAUGCAACAUGUAUUGCAAAAUUAAUCAACUACUUUCCACAACUUGCUCAAGUAAGCGAAAGAUAA